AAUCUGCUUUAGUUAAAUGGAAUCAAACUUCCGGUAUUAAAGAACGAAUUUGAAAUAUACGUACUUUACAUUACUAAAUCGAUAUUAAUUUGCAUAAUCAUGUAUUGCAAAAAUAAAUGUUUGUAUUCUAUGACAGGAACUUAGUGAUAUCCGCCGUUUUGUAUUUUAGAACUUCCUAAAGAGCACAUUCCGCCCUUCUGUUCGUCAGGAGAGUAAUAAACCUCAUGUAGGCAUCAUGUCAGCACUGUUUGUGGCUAUUGCUUGGACGUUAACCAUAACAGCUUUGUUUGGAAACAUUUUCGUGAUUUUUCUAAUCUUCCUGAGAAGGAAACUUCGCUUAAGCAAACUCAACUGGUACAUAAUUUCCCUUGCUGUAGCGGAUGCCUUGGUUGCCGUAAGUCUCUAUCCUCCACUGUUUUUCUGUGAUCGUUGGUUGUCCUGCCGAACAAGUAUUAUGAGAGCUUUUCGCUGGAUCUUCAUUUACUCCUCAGUAUGCAAUCUCUGCGCCAUGACAGCUGACCGUUACCUCGCCAUCACGAAACCCAUGUACCACAGAGUCAAGGCAUCGGAAAGGACUGUGGCCAUUUGGAUCGCAAUUUCGUGGCUUUUUCCUAUUAGUUUGCGUGGUAUUGUCUUCACUCCCGUUUAUUAUCUGCAUAAGAGAGAAGCAUUCAAGUACUUUCUUCCUACGAUAAUCAUAAUAUUUGAAGUUCUUCCUUGUUUGUUCAUUUUAUUCGCUGCCCUACGAAUUAGCAUUAUUGCUAAAAGGGAACAAACGAAACACAAAAACAGAUUGAAAGGAAAGGCAAAAAAGGAGAAUCAGCGAGAAGGACCAAGAGCCUUGAAGAUGAUAUUGAUGGUUGCGUUUCUCUUUGUAUUUUGUUAUGCCUUGGAAGUUUAUUACACGAUGUGCAAAAAUGUCUUAAAACUCUGUGAUGACACUGAAAUAGUUGAAAUGAUUCGUCGGCUCCUACUUAUUGCGAACUCAGCCAUGAAUCCAUUUGUGUACACUCUCCUGAGAAGGGACAUAAAGGAAGAAGUGAAGAAACUAAAAUUGUUUUGUAGAAAGGAAAAAUCUGCAACUAGACAGGAAACUGUAGUUGAUUCUGCGACACUCCCUCCAGAAAUUCUGGAAAGGGAAGCACGUUCAAAUGUGAAUUUUGUAUGAAAACCAUUGAAUGCAUUUUUUUUCUCAUAAGAUCCGGCUUGCAUUAUUGAGAUUGUAAAAUAAUAACUUUCGUGUGACACUCCUGGAAUCUUAACACCAGGCGUUACAUGAUCUAAGUCUGAAUAUUUGCUGCACUUCAUUAUCUGUCUAGGAUAAAAUAUCCAUAACCAAUAUCCUGCUAUUCAUUUUUAAGCAUAGCAUCUACGGCUUGUUUCAAUUUGAGCGUCUGCCGUAUCCAUUGUAAUUCCAUUUUUGUGAGACUCUUGUUCCAUACAACAAGACAUUUCGUGUUCUAGGAUAUUCCACCAUUGCGGCCAUUCCACUGUUCUAUCAUUCCGUCAAAUAGGGUCACCUAGUUAAGCCUUGCUUGCUUGUCGAGUUUAGCGGCU